AUGGAACGUCCAAGAAGAAAUACAUCGAUAUUAUUAUUUGGAAAGGUUAAUUCAUAUGGUCAUCCAUAUAAGUUGCGUAAAUGGAGGAUACCUGGAUCGAAUAUGUGUAAUCCGAGUUCAAUUUCAUCCGGUGUAACCAGGUUACCAUCAACUGUUCACAUAUCAUCUUCCAAUGUUCAUCCAAGUGCCAAUGCUUGUUCCUAUAUGUUUCAUAUUUUAUUUGUUAUUUUAUUAUGUUUUAAUUAUUUGUAA